GCCAGAGAAGAGAUUGCUCAGCUCCGGUGCCAGCUGGAGGCAGCCAAGGCACGAGAGGCGCAAGAGCGACACGAGAAAGAGCUGGCCAAGGCACGAGAGGAGGCAGCCAAGGCACGAGAGGAGGCAGCUAAGGCACGAGAGGAGGCAGCCAAGGCACGAGAGGAGGCAGCCAAGGCACGAGAGGAGCAAGAGCGACGAGAGAAGGAGUGGCUUCGCCUGGAGACCCGAGAGACCACCUUUCUCGAAUACUUGCGCAAUUGCCACAGUCACCUCUACAACAGCCUACAACUUGCCGACGCAUCCAUGUCAUCAACGGGCUCCACGAAGGUCUUGGGCAAGUUUUAUCCCAAGCGACUUCUUCUUUGGACCCAGUUCGUCGACGUCCUCCGCCCGCGCUAUUUCGAUCUUGUGCGGAAGAUCUGUGGCGAGAGCCAACUCUUCGAACCAGCCAACACAACCAAGAACCUUGGGGCGACAAUCUCGGACGAUCUAGCGGGCAACGAGAAAGCGAUCGACCGUUUCGAGGUAGAUGCAGUCGAGCGACCAGUGCGGAGGAUCCUCAAGGUUCUUGCAACGCACGAGGAGGCGGGCAGAGAGUAUCGAUGUGCGGAGCUUCGAUUCAGCAGCAACCUCCUCGAGCUCACACAAGCGACCGGGCCGAACAGGCGCCUCGCGUCCGAGUGGAGGCACAAACACCCAAAAACAAAGCCUGACGGAAUCGGCUUACGAACGCGACCCGGCGGAGGCGAGAGCCUGGCCUUGGUGUACGACUACAAGGCGGCCCACAAAAUCGCCGUCGAGCAUCUUCGGUCAGCCGUGGCAAAGGAGCAGCUGUUCCUCGAGGUCGUCGCACGGGUCAACGGAGCUACGUUCAGCAGCAACACCGAAGUGAAACACCGGGAGAAUGCCGAGACAUCCGUCGCCAUGGCACUGACGCAAGUCUUCGACUACAUGAUCACCUAUGGGGUAUCAUAUGGUUAUGUUGCUGCGGGCCGGUCGUUAUUACUCCUCUUCGUCGACAGAAACGACCUGCAAACGCUGUACUGCCAUCCGUGCAUACCGGGCGAUGACGUAGAGGAGCCGACCGGCGACUGGGCCGACCGGCUGUCCCGCACCGCGGUCGCUCAACUGGUCAGCUUUUGCCUGUUGAGUUUGCAGUUCGAUGCUCUUGAGGGAUUGUCCCUCGAAGCGGCAUUGUCUAGGGCUAAGACGACACUGCAGAAAUGGCCGGAGCCAUAUGGGGAUGCGGCCUCUUUCGGGUUUGAGCCUGCGGAGUCAUCGUCUGCGUCCUCGUCGCAGGCUACCGACGGCUCAGAGUUUGUGUCCAACGCGGAACCGACCGGUCCAAGAACGGGCUUGCGGUCUCAGUCGUCCUGUAAGUCAGCGGGGGUGCUCCUCCAAGGCGACGAGGAUGCCGAAGAGGACAAAGAGGGCCAUUCGGCACGCGACGCAUCUCGAUCGUCGAACAAGCGGAAGCGCGGUCCGUCGAGUGGCAGCGAGGGCGAGGAUGUCGCCAUGGCCGACUCGGUGCCCACCAGGCAAUACUGCACACAAGCAUGCCUGCUAGGUCUCAAGAGAGGGGGGGACCUGGACGAGAACUGCCCUAACGUUUCGUUGCAUCGCUCCGAUGGCUUUUCUCGUCAUCCCAUAGAUGCCGACCAGUUUACCGACCUGGUGAAUCGGCAGCUUCUCCGGGAUCCCUACCAGAAAUGCCGGACGGUAGACGUCUGGAGCAAAAGAGGAGCGAUAGGCUGGCUUUUCAAGCUGGAGCUAAGUCCGCACGGCUACACCUUUGUCGGCAAAGGAACGCUGGAGGGCCGCCUCGAUCGCCUGGAGCACGAAGGCCAGGUUUACGCACGACUCGACCAUCUCCAGGGCGAGGUGGUACCGGUGCACCUCGGCCUGGUGCGCCUCGAUCCUGGCUACAUAAUACCGGGGGCAAGGUUCGUCGUUCACAUGAUGCUCAUGUCGUGGGCCGGCGAGAAGCCAGGCGUCAGCGUGGGCGACGCCGAGACGUUGAAGAUGGAGUCGUUGACGGCCAUCCGGAGGCACGGCGUUGAUCAUGGCGAUGACUGCAGUGCCAAUUAUCUUUGGAACGCCGAGCGCCGUCGCAUCAUGAUCAUCGACUUCGACCGAGCCCACCUCCUCCCGCUCCCCGAGCCUCAAGCGAUUUCCACGCUAAAGAAG